UCAACUAUAAGUCUAUACUUCACUCUCCUCUCUGUCUCUCUCUCUCUCUCUCUCUCUCUCUCUCACUUUGAAUUGAAAUUUGUAAAAGCAGAUUCCUCUGGGUCAAUGGCGAUCAACCGGAGCAACAUGAUAGCUCGAAUCGUACGGCUGAAACAAGUGGUGAAGCGGUGGAGGAACAAGUCCGUGAAGGGCGUCCUAUCGUCUCCGGGAUCCGAGGAGUCCGCCGCCGGCCGGAAUCGUCGCAUCCGGUCGGGUUCCCUGGCCGUGUACGUCGGCCACGAACGGCGUCGUUUCGUGAUCCCGACCCGGUUCCUCAACCUCCCCGCCUUCAUCUCGCUCCUUGAGAAGGCGGAGGAGGAGUUCGGGUUCCAGAGCGCCGGCGGGCUGGUGUUGCCGUGUGAACCGGGUUUUUUUCAAGGAAUGCUGAGGCUGCUCCAGAGAGACGAGAACCGGUUCGGGCGAAUGGAUUUGGAUGAGAUCUUGAAGAUGAUAUCUGAACCGUUGGAUCAUUCCUGUAGAGAGGCGGCUUCCCUUGUCAUUUCUCCCCUGCUACAGAAGACCCGUGUUUGACCUUCUCUCUAACAGUUAGCAAUGCCCGGUUCAUGUUCGGCCGGCCGGUUUAGCGUCUAGGUGGUGCUUAUUUUUAGGUAUUCUAACCCACUGUAAAAAGGUUAAUCCUUUUCUUUUUUAUGGGAUGAAAAUUGAAAUUGACUCCUUAGAGUUUGGUAUUGUAACAAAGUUUGAUGAUGAUGAUAUUGUUGAUUUCUGGUUUAAUUUUGAGAUCUCUUUUGUCUGUGA